AUUGUGUAGGUCAGUUUUCCAUGAGGUCUGCUGAUCGCGCACGCAGUGGAAGAAAAUGAAGUUUAUCUUGGCAACCUUGCUUCUUGCUUCAACCGUGGGAGCAUUUAAGAGUCUGGUUGAUCUUUCAGUGGCGAGGUCCAAUAGACUGCAUCAUUUACUUAAGGAUGGGCCUAUUAAUGUCAAGAAACUCACGGAAACGCAUUCACUAACCAAGACAACAGCUCACCUUGCUCGUCUGUUGAAGAAAGGGGAGCCUAUGAAUGACCAACACGAGGGAGAGGAAGAGGAAGAGGAAGAAUCGGGAUCAGCUGCAUUGGUUCAUGUGAUAAAAAGAAUCAGGCAAGCUCUGACAACAUUGAAGGAGGCUAGGGACAAACAGGAUAAAGCUGAUGCAAAAGCUUUUCUGACCGUAUUGAAGCAUGGAAACGCAACUGAAAUCAAGGAACUGAUGGGCAAACAUGCGAUGGAAUGGCACAGUAGAUGCCAUAAUGUAAAAAAGCUAUUUGCUAACUACAUCAACAUGACAGAGCUGAUAGCGUUGUUAGGCAAUGACAACUAUGAUUUCGAAGAGGGAAUGGGCAAGGUUCUCAAAGAAGCGGAAUUAAACGAACAAGCCGACGUUUUUGAAGCGUUUGUCGGCAUGGCUCAUGCACACGGUCUCGCGGAUCAUGUUGGAGUAAAGGCUGUCAUGGAAAUUGGUGGGAUACUGGCUGAUACCUACUGUGACACUAAAAUGGAUGGCUUGAUUAGCUUGAUUGUUCGUUCCGUGGACGAAUCCGAUCCUCGUGGCAGUUUUGAUGUCUCUAAGAAAAUAAAGCCAUAUCGCUAUGCAGUGAACAGUGGGCAUUGUAUGAAUAGAAGUCUGGUCAAACGCGCUGGUCCUUAUGAACCAAAAAGCCUCAAGGAAAAAGCACUGGAUUUAGUGUUUGAGCAUCACGACGAAAACAACUGCGAUGAAGUGAACCUCAUACGGCUUAUUGUGCAUCUUAUCCAUGAGGGUGAAAAGUUACGCGAAUCGUCUAAAGAGCUACAUGAUGUCACACAGAAAUUUGAAGCUGGAAUGAUCGCGAAGGUUACGCAGUUGAUGAAGGAAGGUGAUGAGGAUGAAGCCUAUAAGACUGUGGGUCAGUAUGUGCUGGAUCAGUUGAGGGGAGCCAUAGUAAUCGGUAACGCUGUCGAGAAACAUUUAAAAGCACUUGCAUCUCCCCAAGCUCCUCCCUAACGAAGUGGCUGAUAGGUAGAGCCUCAUUGCCUUUUUCCCCGCUGGAUAUGCAACAGUCGUAGUUUACAUUGGAAACAAACAGACGGAAGAAAAAAGCAGAUAAAUUUGUUUCAUUUAAAAGGCUAUGGUCAUCCCAUAUUUAGAAAUUGGAAUAAUUAACUUUUAGCAAAAGAAGUCUCAUUUCUUAACUUCUUUAAUUAGUUGUACCGUUUUUAUUCAAGAACUUGGCAAUUUGCGCCUUACCGUAUUGUGCUGCUCUCACAGGGUUAUUGGUGUCUAAGUUUUCUUGUUUUAUACUUCUUUUUUUUUUAACAAAUAAAAUCCGAGGGAGAAACGAAUGAGUUUUUACUGUCUUGAAUGUAAUAUCUGUAAACUUCGUAAAGAAAUAGUGUCCUUUUUUUUUAUUCAACCACAAAAAUUGAUAAUAAACUGAUAUUGACUCAA